GCCUCCGCGCGCUCUGCUGACGCAACCACGUAGCCGUGGCUCAAUGCGAUGGCGGACCGCAGUGUCCCCAGACCUGCCCACGGAGGGACGAAGCAAAGUCACUGAGCCACUCCAAUCGGCUCCGCCACACCGACCACCUGUUAAAGACAAGCCACCGCUGCCUUCGCCGUCCUCGGGCCGUCUCAUGUGUACGGGACGGGACUCGCUCGGAGCCUACAACCGGGACGAUUCAGAAGUAGAAGAGUGAGAAGAACCGGAGGGACCGCCGGGGCUGGCGCACCGCAGGUUGAACCACCAAGUUGACUGAAUUAUCAAAAGUCGCAUCGACGGGGAAAGGGGAUAGCCGCUUUCGGAUAUAACGGAUCAUUGAAGGGAGAUUGUUCCGGCAAAAUGAAAUUUGCAGAGCAUCUUUCAUCCCAUAUCACUCCGGAGUGGAGAAAACAGUAUCUUCAGUAUGAGGCAUUCAAGGAUAUGCUGUAUGCUGCCCAGGACCAAGCCCCAUCCAUAGAAGUCACAGAUGAAGACACAGUGAAGAGAUACUACGCUAAAUUUGAAGAGAGGUUUUUCCAGACCUGUGAGAAGGAGCUCUUGAAAAUCAACACAUUCUAUUCAGAAAAGCUUGCUGAAGCCCAGAGACGUUUUGCGACACUUCAGAAUGAGCUGCAGUCCUCGCUUGAUGCUCAGCGUGAGAGCAACGCUCCACCUGGUCUGCGAAAACGCAAGACAGUGUUCAACCUGUCGCAAGAGGAGCGGUGCAAACACCGCAACAUUAAGGACCUGAAGUUAGCCUUCAGCGAGUUCUACCUCAGCCUCAUCCUGCUCCAGAACUACCAGAAUUUGAACUUCACUGGUUUUCGUAAGAUCCUGAAGAAACAUGACAAGAUCCUGGAUACGUCUCGUGGGGCUGAUUGGCGCGUGGCUCAUGUGGAGGUGGCGCCUUUCUACACCUGCAAGAAGAUCACACAGCUCAUCUCAGAGGCAGAGACCCUGGUGACCACGGAGCUGGAGGGAGGAGACCGUCAGAGGGCAAUGAAGAGGCUGAGAGUUCCUCCACUGGGGGCAGCUCAGCCUGCGUUGGCCUGGACAACCUUCCGUGUGGGUCUGUACUGCGGCGUUUUUAUCAUCCUUGCCAUCUCCUUUGUGCUCACUGGUGCUGUGUUCAUCCGUUAUGAGAAUGUGUGGCCCCUGGUGCGGAUCUAUCGGGGUGGUUUCCUACUGAUCCAGUUUCUCUUCUUGUUGGGCAUUAACACAUAUGGAUGGAGACAGGCUGGAGUCAACCACGUCCUCAUCUUUGAGAUCAAUCCCCGCAACAACCUUUCACACCAGCAUCUGUUUGAGAUAGCUGGGUUUCUCGGCGUGUUGUGGUGUCUCAGCAUCCUCUCCUGUCUGUACUCAGAGUACACCUACAUCCCCAUGCAGAUCAACCCCCUCAUACUUUAUGGCUUCAUGGUGCUUUUCCUCAUCAACCCUUUUAAGACCUGCUACUACAAAUCACGUUUCUGGCUCCUUAAGCUGCUGUUUCGUGUGUUCACGGCUCCAUUUCACCGUGUGGAGUUUGCAGACUUUUGGCUGGCCGAUCAGCUCAACUCUCUGGUGUUCGUCCUGAUGGAUCUUGAGUAUCUCAUCUGCUUCUACAUCUUUGAGCUGCAGUGGAGCAACAGCAAGGGCCUACUGCCAAAAACCUCUAAUGACUACGUGUGCCACAGUUACUCAUACGGCCUCCGAGCCAUCAUCCAGUGUCUGCCCGCCUGGCUUCGCUUCAUCCAAUGCCUGAGGCGUUACCGUGACACCAAAAGGGCCUUCCCUCACUUGGUGAAUGCUGGGAAAUAUUCUACCACCUUCUUCGUUGUUACCUUUGCUGCACUGUAUGCAACACACCGAGAGCAAGGACACACAGAUGCCGACAUGUUUUUCUACCUGCUGAUCAUUUUCUCAACCAUCAGCUCCUUGUACACACUGAUAUGGGAUCUGCGUAUGGACUGGGGUCUUUUUGACCGUGGAGCUGGAGAAAACACCUUCCUCAGAGAAGAAAUAGUUUACCCACACAAGGCAUAUUACUACUGCGCCAUCAUCGAGGAUGUGAUCCUGCGUUUCGCCUGGACCAUCCAGAUCUCUCUGACUACAAUGACCAAGAUCCACUCUGUGGGAGACAUCGUUGCCACUGUUCUUGCUCCCCUUGAAGUUUUCAGGCGUUUUGUGUGGAACUUCUUCCGCUUAGAGAAUGAACACCUGAAUAACUGUGGUGAGUUCCGUGCAGUUCGAGACAUUUCAGUUGCACCAUUGAAUGCAGACGACCAGACACUACUGGAGCAGAUGAUGGACCAGGACGACGGUGUCCGCAACCGCUCAGGCAAGAAGACCUGGAAGAGGUCAUACAGCUUGUCGCUGCGACGCCCCUUACUGUCCUCCUCACAAUCGAAAAAGGACACAAAGGUGCUAAUUGAAGACACGGACGAUGAGGCCUUCAGCUGAGUCGACAGCAUCAAUAUAAACACACACACACGCACACACACACACGCACACACACACUAUACUUAUAAGCACCUCAUUCCCUAACAUGAGCCCUAACCCUUUUCCUGUCAAACUGGAAGCCCCUCAGUAUAAACCUUUAACUCCAUGAGGAUGUCCAGGCCAUCCUCACCUCCGACAGUUUACCUCAUCCUCAAGAGUCUUUAUAAGUAUAGGAACACACACACCGCAAUGCACAGAUACACACAUCAGAAACCUGCUGAAGCACAAGCAUUAGCAAAACGCCGCUACAGUUGAGGAGAGAGUCAAUGCCACACAGACGGACGGACGGAUGGACGGACGGACAGACGGGCCUACAGAUGGACAGACAGACAGAGAGACAGACAGACAACAGGAAACACAAGACCACACUGCCCUGGGAUUUUUCUCUUCUUUUAUAACGAGUUUUUUUUUUUUUUUUUUUUAAAUAUGUCUUGUUUACUUUGUGAUACAUAUGUAUUUUCAUUAGAUUUUACCUUCUGCUGGAUUUAUUUAGAAAGAAAAUAAAACAAAAAAAUGACAGGCUGCAGACGACUGUUUACACACCUUUUAUAACCUCGAACCAGGAUCAACAGGGACAAAACAAGCCAAUCAAACAGACUGAAACAUUUAACAAUAGAAACCUGAGGAAGAACUCAACACACGUUAAAAACAUAUAAAAAAACAACAACAAAACAAAUCAACUGGUUUCAGCUCGUUGAUUCUUUUUAUACUCUUUGGUCUUUUCUGAGUUGAUUUGCUUUGAGUUGUCCAUGUACAAUCACAACCCUGGAGGCACUUGCAGGAAAAGUGCGUUUACUACACAAAACAUGAGAAAAAAUAACUUUCUUGGGGAAAAAAGGGAAGUUUGGAUCUAAACAUUUCUAGUCUUUGAAGUUGCUUUGUUAUAUAUAUUUGGAUGUGCAUUAUUACUCUAUUGUAGUAGUUCUACAUGUGUUGUUUCUACUGGUGAGACUUGUUUAAAAGCAUCCACUUUAAUGUAUUUUGUAAUAUUUGGAAUGUUUUUCCCAGUUAAACCUGUGCCACGUUUUUACUAAACUUAUAGUUGGACUUCAAAGUUACAGUAUCCUGACUUUCAAUUAGUGUGAGUCCUUGUGUUUUGUGAUCAAAAAGUGCCCUGUUUCUGUAUAUGCAUUGCUGUUCUUUGCAUUAAUUUACCAAAGGUUGAUUUUAAUGAAUGUGUCUGUGACACUGUGACAGUUACAUGGAGCCAGAAGCGGACAGAUAUUUAUUGGAUUGUUUUGAUGAUUGGUUUAGACUCAUUGGAAGCUCCGUUCUCUGUCAGUGUUUAUCAGAGUGACAUGAUAUGUCAGCUGAUGUGCAGUUAAAAAUCUGAAACUAUGCAUGAGCGUCUUGUGUAUGUCGGUGGUGCUGACAGACAGAGCUCUGAUGCCAGCAUAGCAUCUUAAUUUACUGUCAUUUAAUACAAA